UCUGGAAUAUCCAUAAGUUGGUGACCUGGGAGUUGGGCAACAAAGAGUGAGCAGCCCACUGACCUGCAGCCACUUUCCUGGAAACAAAAUCUCCAGGGGCUGCUGCCAGCCAGGAGGGGCAGGAUGAACGUGGGCACGGCGCACAGCGAGGUGAACCCCAACACGCGGGUGAUGAACAGCCGUGGCAUCUGGCUGUCCUACGUGCUGGGCAUCGGGCUGCUGCACGUCGUGCUGCUCAGCAUCCCCUUCUUCAGUGUCCCCGUGGUCUGGACUCUCACCAACAUCAUCCACAACCUGAGCAUGUACAUCUUCCUGCACACCGUGAAGGGAACCCCCUUCGAGACCCCGGACCAGGGCAAGGCCCGGCUGCUCACGCACUGGGAGCAGAUGGAUUAUGGAGUCCAGUUCACCGCGUCCCGCAAGUUCCUCACCAUCAUGCCCAUCGUCCUGUAUUUUCUAACCAGCUUUUACACCAAGUACGACCGGAUACACUUCAUCAUCAACACCAUCUCCCUCAUGAGCGUCCUGAUCCCCAAACUGCCUCAGCUCCACGGAGUGAGGAUCUUUGGCAUCAACAAGUACUGAGCAGCGCGGCCGGAGCGGAUGGCGGAGCAGCGGGGCCCGGGGGGCUCCUUCCCUCCAGCCCCUUUUCCUCCCCACACACAGACUGGGAUGUGGUUUGGCAGUGGCUGUUUAGAGGCAGAUCCCAACAGACACAUUCCGCAUGCUGGAUCCUCGUGCCCAAUAAAUCCAAACCAGCUCCAGAGUAGAGUUUAGCGCGGAGCAGGACGUGCGACACCGGAUUUCUCUUCUCCCAGGGUCAUCAAUAGAUGCAAAACCACUGAGACUUUGAGGUACAACAAGGAUGAAUUCUGGGAAGAGUCUCAUCUAUUCCAGACAUUGAAUGACGAGGAUAGGGAUGAGGGGAAAAGCUUUUAGUGCUGGUACUAUUGCUGUGGUAAAUGCACUUUAAAAUACAUUUCCCUUCCUGAAGCUGGGUGCUUUGAGCAGAAUGUGAGGGAAAUCCAAAGGGAUACAGCCAGACUUUCCCAGGACUGGAUGGUUUUGGGGUCUGAUUUCCAGUUUUAGGUGGGAAGUGGGAGGGGGAAGUGAACGACAGAUUUUUAUUUUGCAAUCUUUGACACCACUGAGAAGGGAAGUUCUUUUCCUAAAAAGAGCACAGGAAGAAGUGACCUGCAGUUGGACAAAGCUUUUGAUUUCCUACAUCACCAUCCGUGUGGUCCAGGGAAAAGGUGGAUAGACCCAAAAUCAUGCUUAUUACUUUCAGUUUGUACCCAAAUCUGCCCAGGUAACUCCUCUCCCCACCCCAAACUGCUGUUUUUAAGUGCACAGGGGCUCAGUGGGCAUUUGGAUCAAGGGCUGGGGGCAGGUGAUUUAAUGACUGACACCAAAGGCCAUGGAGCUCCUUGGAGCAUGGACAUGGACAGGUGUGGGAGAGGCUGACUGGGCAGGUACAGGAGGAGGGCUGAUUGCUCUAAUCAAGCAGGCAGCCAUCCUUGAGUUGGAUUUUUCUCCUCACUUCAGCUCCUUGGUUGUUUAAGUGCGUGUGACUGGGAUUUGCCAGUUCUGCAUGGACUCAAGGGUUGGAUUUCUGGCUUAGCUGGAAUCUGUCCCUCAGCUUCCAUGCCCAAGGGCUGUGUGAGCAGCAGCACCAGCAGCAGAUGAAUUGACCAGCAAAGGAGUCAAUUUGCCACUGAUAGUAGAUCCUGUCACAGAGGAACAAAAUCAAGCCUUUUUCCUCUAAAAUCACCACCUAAAUAAAGCAGGCUUAGGUUUCCUGGC